GGCACGCGUGAGCCGAAACCUACGGCCCUGCCAAAGAUCUUCAGCGUCAUCCGCGCGCUGGGCUUCGUGAGCGAGAGUUCCGUGCGGACGACGAAGCGGUGGGUGCACCCGCUGAUGCUCAAGUACCUCGGCGCCGAGGGCCUCGACGUGACGAACUGCAACGGCGCGCUCGUCGGCGCCGCGCGCUUCCACCGCCACUACGCGGACAUCGUCGAGCCGUGGGUCCGGUGCGCGCGCGUCGAGGCGUGCAUCGCGCCGUCGGGCUCGAACCGGCGGAACCACCGCCAGGACCAGGCCGCGCUGACCGUCCUCGCGCACCAGGCCGGCGUCGCCUGCCGCCGCAUGCACCUGUCCGUGCACUACCACCACGACGACCCCUCCGACGAGGGCACGCUCGACGGGCGGCCCAAGUCUUCGCGGCGGCCGGCCGGCGGCUAA